AUGGGUCGCAAGAACAAGAUCAAGAUUCAACAUGUAAGUGGUUUAUUUCAAAAAUUAGGGCAGACACGUAAAAGCUCUUCAAUUCAUAUUCAAAAUUUUAGAGAAUCUCCGUCAAUCGAAAGAACACUCUCCGGAGAAUCGCAAAGUUCUCGAUGAUAUUGGCAAUGUUUCGCAACGAUCAGUCGAUAUGACAACUGUGGAAAUCGUGAGAAAUAUGGCGUUGAGAGGUAUUUAGUUUUCUGAGUUUAUUCACAAUUCAAUAGGAUUAUUUCCAGAAACACCUGUUGAUAAGGUGAAUUAUCUUCUCGAUAUUUUGGAUCGCAAAAAUUCGGAGUUGCUGUGCUCGAGAAAACUCAUCGACUAUUUGAAAAAUUAG